AUGUCCUUUUUCCCAAGAAUUCGUAUGCUUUUGCCAGCGGUGCAUCGCAUUCGGUAAGUUAUCGCCCAGCUGUCUGACAUAGUAGCAAAUUAUUUUCCCGGGAAAACCACGAAUAAACUAAACAUAUGGCGAAUGCUGUUGGCAAAUGCACUACCAGUUUUAUCUGCACAUGAUCUAUGCCCCGGCUUAACUUGUUUAUAGGCAGCCUUUCAUCGAUACUCAAAAUCAGUCUGUCAAAUUUUGGACUUAUGUAUUUAAUAUUUUGGAAAGAUACUGGAAAAUAGCUGAAAGUAUUUUAAAUUUAUUUAUUUCCAUUACAUGUCAAUGCCUAGGAAUGCUUCAUACCUUUGGCCAAAUUAUGAUCGUUACUUUCCAUCCCUAUGGCAAUCAUGGUAUACACCUUGGUAUACAAAGCCACGAGUUGGAACAAGCUACACUUACAUAGAGUUUGUUGAGACAGGGAGGGGAAGGACAAAAAAGAAGAGCUUCACGAAUGAAAAAGAACCAGCCACAAAAGCAGAGCAAAAGACUCAGGAGGAACUCAAGGAAGAUCAUGACACCUUCAAAGUAAGCUAAUGAUAACAAGUAAUAAUAAUUACCGAUUAGGGGAAUUCAUUCAGCAGGGAGGGGUGAUAAGGCAAGGGUAGAGACCUGGGCAACUAAUACACCAUAUUCCAAAAUGGCGACAAUUUUAUUAUUCUUUUAUAGUUAUGUUAAUUAGCCCUCAAUGCCUUGAUCAUAUCUUGAGAAUUCAAAAGAAUUUCUAGCUGGAAUUGAGGCAUCGAGGGCUAAUUAACGUAAAUAAUAACAUAAAAGAAUAAUAAAGUAUUCACCAUUUUGGAAUAAGGUGUAUGAGAGCAAUGGUGACAGCUUAAGAGGUGCUGUCUGCUUAAUCAACAGAUUUGCCUUAAAAUACAGGAUUGGUAAUAAUGACGACAAUGGGAUAAUGAUGAUUGUGAUAAUGAAAUGGAUUCGACUCUAACGACGAUUUCAUAAUAAUCUUAUUAUUUUUUUGUCAUCAAACAAAUAGGUGUCCUUUGAUGUGUCAAAGUUCAAGCCAGAGGAAAUUACCAUCCGCUCAGAAAAUGGUGAGUUAGUGGUGGAAGGCAAGCAAGAGGCGAAGAGUGAUGAUGGUUACUCCACACGCCAUUUUGUCCGUUCAUACUCACUGCCCAGGAAUAUUGACAGAGACUCCUUUAAGUCUCGUUUGUCAAAAGAAGGUAUUCUCAGUAUUGAGGCCAAAAAGCUGGAGAAGCCUGAGGAAAAGGAUUUCAUCAAGAUUGAGACUGAAAAUUGAAGCUUACUGAGACUACUACAGCUGUGAUCCAAACCUUUUC